AUGGUGGCUCGAGGAAUGGACAUAUCUAACCUACAAUCUUUUUUGUUCCAUUUGAAAGCAAACUGUAAAGGUCUCAUUCUCUCUGAAGUUCAGAUAGAUGAUGCAGAGCUUGACAAAAUUGAAAAGACGAUACCUAAAAUACUGCCACCGUAUACCGGAAUUUUACAGUGCCAUGAGGUUGUUUGGGUGAAACCACAUACGUUCCUAGAUAUUCGAAAGCUCACCUGUCUCAGCUGCUCUCCAUCCAAAGCACAACUUAUAUGCGACCAAGAUUUGAAAAUUAUCAGUAUGUUUGCCGGCUAUCCGGACUCUGUAUAUGAUGCUAAGGUGACCUGCCGCCAUUCUGUAUGA